AUGCCGGUUCGUGCUCGCACCGCGACGGACUACGCCAGUACCCGCGCUCUGCGCAAGGCUCUGACAUCCGUGGAAGAAGAACCCAAUAAGAUGGAUGAAUCGACAAUGUCGCAGAGUCAUCGUCGCCGCCCGGGCGAUACCAGCCUGGACGAGAGUUGGGAUUGGGUCUUGACCAACUACGAUGUGGGCACCACUCAUCCGCAAUCGAUCCGUCAAGAACUGCAGCGACUGCAAGUGUUGAAAUCCUACAUGAUUUUGGACGAGGACCGUGAAGAAGCAUUUGAUCGAUUGACCAACAUGGCUGCCCGGAUUUUUAAUGUCCCCAUUGCCCUGGUCAGUCUGGUCGACCUGGGACGACAAUGGUUCAUGAGUAACCAUGGUCUGGGAGAUGUUCGAGAAACACCUCGCAAUCUGGCAUUUUGUGCCCAUGCCGUUCAAGGGCGCAACGACCUUUUUAUCGUACGAGACGCGCUCGAAGAUUUACGCUUUUGCGAUUCCCCUUUGGUGCAAGGAGCGCCCUUUAUUAGAUUCUACGCAGGAGCUCCACUUUUAUCGCCGGAAGGAUACAAGCUAGGGACCUUCUGUAUCAUUGACAGCAAGCCACGCCCGGAUGGCCUCAGUCCGGCCGAUCAAGCCAAUUUGACCGAUUUUGCCGCCAUGGCCAUGAAAGCCAUGGUCGAUCGACGACAAAUUACCUCACAGCAAGACACCUCACAUUUGGUCGCUUGUACGGCACACGAAUUGUUGACGCCGCUCAUGGGAGUGCAAUUGAACCUGUCCUUACUGGAAGAAGAAGCGGCCCACGGUUUGGCCACGGCCCACAAGGAAUGCCUCUCCAACGCUAUUCGAAGCAGUGAUUGGUUACAUCGAAUUUGUCAAACCACCAUUGAGGCAUUGCGCCAAGACGAAGCCAAUAGGAAUGAAAAGGACAAGAAGAACAAAUUUGAACCUUCCAGCACAAGGAGAACAACCAAUGCCAGUAGUACUGCCGAAAGCCCCUUUAUUGACAUGCAGGACUUUGUCGCCAGUCUAAACCUGACCAUGGAAUCCAUCCCCAAACGGGUGCCCUUGAUUCUCACUGUUGAUGAUUCCGUGCCAGCUCGCAUUGUCAGUGACGAUCUCAAGUUAUUCCGGUCCUCCUUGAAUUUGCUGUCAAACGCAUUUGCCAAUACCAGCAAGGGAUCGGUACACUUUCAUAUUCAUGCCAGUGCUGGAAUGCAGCACCAAUUACCAUUGUCGUCACGACGAGGGUCGGUCGAAGUGACCACGUUGCUCAUGCAGCAACCCGAAUUUCUCGUCUUUGAAUGCAUCGACACCGGUCCAGAUUUGCAAGUGGACGACCCCGAUUGCCUCUUCAAACCAUCGGCCAAAACCCUAGGAGUUGUCAAGGAUUUGGGACUCUAUUCCGUAGCCUAUCAAGUGGAAUCGUUGGGAGGAUCGUACGGAUACCAGUCACGUCGAGACACGGAACAAAAACAAGGCAGCGUCUUUUGGUUCCAGGUCCCUAUUGUCUUGCCCGAGGACGUCAACAGCCACAACGGUGGAAGUUUUGCCAGUCUUUCCAUGAUGGAUGUUUCCGAUUCCGGCCACAGUGCUUCGCUGGCGACACUGGAUUCCUCCGUCAUUCAUUUCCCGCCCGUGGUGUCGCCCCCGACAACCACCAAGCCUCGACAUCAUAGUAUCCAACGGCGGCAUCCACAACAACAACCUCAUCUACAGAAUCUCAGUGUCAGUUACCACGGCGGCACCGGCUAUGACGCCCAUCGCCGUCAGUCCAUGUCCAAUCACGAAACCCUUCAACAGCAAAUAGCCGUCAAUCGAUCGGGGAUUAUGGCCGUGGCGGCAGCGUCCAUGCCAAAAUGUGAAGAGGGAACAUCAUCGUGUUGCGAGCUGAGCAAAUUGGCAGAGUUUGGUGGCACGCUGGAGGCUUACAAGGAACAUCAAAUCAAAGAACGAAAUGCUAGAUCCAAAUCUCCUCUUGUGAGUCGACAGGCACGGCUUCGAGCCUUCUUGUCAUGGGACGACGCUACCGCCGUCGCUAGUACCCCGCUACCACAGGAACCUCAAAACAGUGACAGCACCUACAACAAUCGCAGAUUCAAACGGAAUCCAGUGCCCAAGACAGCGCAAGGAUUAUUAUUUCGUCGAACCCAUUCGACCGGGGAUUCUUCUGCUGCUAGAGCGCUCAAGGCUCUCAUGGCAAAGAAAAUGGCCGCAAAAGAGGAAACAUCCACUGCAGAAACAAGUGGAACAGAGUUCUCGGAAAUGCCGGGUCCCUCCGAAACGCCACGCGGAGACGCUCAAGAGCCUGCUUCAGCCACGAAAACGCCGGUACCCAAAACGAUCCAGAUCUCCAACAAAAACGGAACCAAAGAAGGCGAAUCAGCAGCUGGCGAGAGUACAGUUCCUAACGAGCCACCAAAGCCAUUGUUUAGCAUUGCGCCGGUCAAGACGCCGUCACCACUGUUUGAUGUAAAGAGCAACAGACAAGAACCAGCUGCCGACACGCCAAAGCCGCUGUUUGCUAUGGCCACCAAAGGCCAAGAACCAGCAGCAGUCAAGCUGCCGCAGCCCUUGUUUGCCAUAACCAGCACAAACAAAGAAUCAAUCGCAGAAAAGCCAACGCCUUUGUUUGCGUUAGACAGCAACCAACAAACAGUCACCGACAAGCCACAGCCUUUAUUUGCCACGGCCAGCACAAGUCAGGAGUCAGUUGCAGACAAGCCAAAACCUUUGUUUGACACAACCAGCGCAAGCCAAAACACAGAGAGUACCAAACCAAAGCCUUUAUUCGCCACGGCCAGCACAAGCACAGGUCAGGCAACAGUUGCAGAAAAGCCAAAAUCUUUGUUUGCCAUUACCAGCACAAGCCAAAACACAGAGUCCACAAAGCCAAAGCCCCUUUUACCGGUAGCCAGCACAAAUGAACAAACAGGCAUUGAGAGGCCAAAACCCUUGUUUGGCACUGGCAGCACGAGCGAAAGCACAAAGACCAACAAACCCAAGCCCCUCUUUGGCGUUGUUUCUGACAAGAACCCCCCAACAAAGCCCUUAUUUAGCAUAUCCCCCAACAGAGGCACAGAUGAUGAUAAAACAGCAAAGCUUGACAAGGCCACAGAGCCAUCUAACACCAACCUACAAAAUGAGAAAGCACUAUCUGUGACCAGACAGAAGAAAGCUUUGGUGAUUGAGGACACAGUCGUGGUCCGAAAAACACUCACGCGGGCGCUGCAAAAACGUGGUUACGAAGUUUCGCAGGCAAACGAUGGCGUCGAAGGAUUGGCGGCACUGAAAGAGACGGUUUUCGAUAUCACUCUUUGCGAUUUCUUGAUGCCAAAUAUGGACGGACUAGACUGUGUCCAACAGUAUCGUCAGUGGGAGAAAGAGAAUCGAGCCUUUGAACAACACAUUGUUGGAAUUUCAGCCCACGUAUCGCAGAAAGACGUUGAUAAGGGCUUAGAAAUCGGCAUGAACGGUUUUCGACCGAAACCCAUCACCAUGAAAACUCUACAAGAACUGGAUGGAAGCCCUGCAAUGGAGCAGGUGAGGGCAGAUCUUGACAAUAUGCACGCUACGUCUUCUCCUGGAAUGCACAACACAUCGACCUCUAGAGAUGCCGAAAACUUGGAUGGCUCUGCUGCAACCAAUGUGGACAGCGCGGCAAAGACACAAAAGUCUUGUCUAAUGGCUACUGGAAGAUUCGAUGGAGAAACAAGACAAGCAGCUCGCAAGAUGAGCGACGAUGGGUGGGCCGUAACGAUUGUGGAGAACGGCUCCAGUGCCUUGGAGCAGCUGAAAUCUCGCAAUUGGGGUGCCGUGGUUUUGGAUGACCAUCUUCCAGCGCUAUCUGGCAACCAGUGUGUCGAGGAGUUUCGUGCAUGGGAAAGCCAGAAUCGAGUGAACAGACAAGGCAAUCUUUUCAUCGUGUGUACUGAUGUCGUCCUACCUCCCGACACUAAUAUGCUCCCACCGGCUGGCUUUGACGGGGCAAUGGAUAGUCAAGUAUCGUGGGACAGUCUCCAGAACUUGAUCGGUAAACAGACUUCUCGCAGGUCGACGCGUGAAGGCUUGAGCAUCGUUACUAGAUAG